GCCGCUUUCUUGACGCAGCUUGACAUGUUGAUGCUGGCGGAGGAGGAGGGAGGAAGUAUGUCCGUCGGAGCUUCAAACCGGCAACCUCCUCUCCUGCUGCGUACUUUCACUUUCAGGCACUCAUGGCUUGAAUAGCGAAAACUCCUCCGGCAGGUUUCAAGCCCUAUAAGAAGGUGAGUGUCAGAUUAUCUCGAAACGCAGAGAGCUACCUGUGGCGUUCGUCAACAUGGCCAGCGAUCAGCAAUGCUUGGACUCUAGAAACCAGCUGAGCCUCCUGUCCGCCAUGGAGUCCAAGAGGCCCAACGUGCUGCAAAAUCUGCGCCACAAGAUUAUGCUCCGGCGAAACAAAUUAAGCCUGAGCAAGACGGGCGACCAGCUGGGUCAGCAAAUGGACCGUCGGAUGAGCUGCUCCGUCCCAGACUUCAUCAGCAUGAAGCAGGACUACUCCUGUGUGACGGACAGCCCUCAGAUCCAGCAGCAGAACACCUCCAGCCGCAGCAGCCCUUCCACUCCACUCAUCAAGUCUAGUAAACACACAUUAAAGAUCGGGAAGGGCCUGAAGUUGAAAAAAGGCGGGGCUAAAAAUGAAAACAGGCUGAGUGUCCCUGGAGACUCGACAGACGGUGCCGUUCCUCAGGACUCCUUGAACAAGAACGUUGACGACAGGAGAAGUUCAGACACUUCCAAUAGAGUUGUAGCUGGUAUGGAAGCGGAAGAGCUGGCACUGCCGGAGAUGAUUUCGGUCUACAGCCCCGAAGCUCCCUCCGUGGACUGCUCUCCAGAUUCACAGACUGACAUGGAAACGGAGAUUUCAAACUGGGCAGAGAAUCAGGAUUUCUCCAAGUGCUUCCUCCUCUCCAUCAACCUGAAGGAAGGUCGCAACCUGGUCGUCAGGGACCGCUGCGGCACCAGUGAUCCUUAUGUGAAACUCAAGAUAGAUGGAAAAACCUUCUACAAAAGUAAGGUGGUUUACAAAAGCCUCAACCCGGCCUGGAACGAGAGCUUCCAUCUGCCUGUGAAGGAUCUGACCCAGAAACUUCACAUCAAGGUGUACGACCGUGACCUGACCACGGACGACUUCAUGGGCUCGGCCAGCGUCCUCCUGAGCGACCUGGAGAUGGACAAGGUCCAUGAGCUGUCUCUGCGGCUGGACGACCCCGGCAGCCUGGAGGAGGACAUGGGCUCUGUGCUGAUCGACCUGACCCUCACGGCCAGGAACGGGGACAGCAAGAAAGGCAAUAGGUGGUGUCGGAAGCGAAGUAGUGCGAGGGCAGCACAACGUCACACUUUCAGAGAACAGUCUGGGAUUCUCAACAGCUUCGGCCUGACGGAGGCUCAGAAGAGGAGCCAGCUGUGGACCUCGGUGCUGUGGGUCACGCUGGUCGGCGGCGUCCAGCUGCCAGUGGACUCUCAGAGCGGUCAUCUGUUUGUUCGCUUCAAACUGGGCGAGCAGCUGUAUAAAAGCAAGAACCACGACAAAGUGAGCAACCCUCAGUGGAAAGAGAAGUUCACCCUCAACCUGUUUCCAGACAGUCCGCACUACAUGGAGGUGGAGCUCUGCUCUAAAGACGGACGGAAGAGCGGGGAGUGUUUGGGAACGGCUUCUGUAGAUGUUUCCAGCGUCCCGCUCAACAACAGGAAGGUGUGCACGCUGGACCUGGGCCCGGGGAAAGGCCACCUGGUCUUCCUGCUCACCGUGAGGGCGUGCAGCGGCGUCUCCAUCACCGACCUCUCCUCCGCUCCGCUGGACGAACCUGAAGCGGUCCCUGAAUAACCUGCGAGAUGUUGGAUUCCUUCAGGUCAAAAUCCUCAGAGCCAACGAUCUGAUCUCCGCUGAUCUGAACGGUAAAAGCGACCCGUACUGCGUGCUGCAGCUGGGCAGCGACCGCCUGCAGACCCACACGGUCUACAAGAACCUGCACCCGGAGUGGAACACCGUCCUGACAUUCCCUGUCAAAGACAUUCACGACGUCCUGGUGCUGACCGUCUUUGAUGAGGACGGAGACAAGGCGCCAGACUUUCUAGGGAGAGUCGCCAUUCCCCUGCUCUCGAUCCGCAACAGACAGCAGAUCACCUACCCGCUGAGGAAACCCGACCUGGGGAGGCUGUUGAAGGGGAGCAUCACUCUGGAGAUGGAGGUUAUUUUUAACCCCGUCAGAGCGAGUUUAAGAACGUUUGAGCCCAGAGAGCGCCUCUUCGUAGAGGAUGCUCCCAAAUUCUCCAAAAAGGCUCUGUCCAGAAACGUGAAUCGGGUGAAAGCCGUGGUCAGAGCCGUCAUGUCCACCCUCCAGUACAUCAAAAGCUGCUUCCAGUGGGAGAGUGUGCAGAGGAGCCUGCUGGCCUUCCUGGUUUUCAUGUUGACCGUCUGGUACUGGGACUCCUACAUGCUGCCCCUGUCCCUGGUUCUGCUCCUCCUGUGGAACUACUUCCGGGUCCGGUCCGGAAGAGACACAGAGGAUCUGGAGAGCAUCGACCUGGCAGACGAGGAGGACGAAGAUGAGAAAGAGUCUGAGAAGAAAGGGCUGAUCGACAAAAUCUACAUGAUCCAGGACACCAUCCUGAUGCUGCAGAACCUGCUGGACGAGAUCGCCUCCUUCGGAGAGAGGAUCAAGAACACGUUUAACUGGUCGGUGCCGUUCCUGUCGGGCCUGGCGCUGCUCAUCUUCACCAUGGGGACGGUGCUCCUCUUCUUCAUUCCUCUGCGCUACAUCAUCUUGAUUUGGGGUAUCCAUAAAUUCACCAAGAAACUGCGGAACCCGUACAGCAUCGACAACAAUGAGGUGGUUGAUUUCCUGUCGCGGGCGCCCUCAGAUGUGCAGAAGGUUCAGUUCAACGAGCUGAAGAUCAUCAAGAAGAAGAAGCUCCUGUAGCAGCAGAGGGACCAGCUCGCCUUACUCCGCUGUGCAUCUGCAAGUUCAUGCUUAAAAACGACCGGGUUAUCCAUCAGAUCUGCUGAUUUAUGUUCUUGGAACAUUUCUACACUUUUUAGUCCAGAAAUGGAUUCUUAUGCAACAAAAAAUGAUCUUUUUUUUCUAAAAAUGAAUGUAAAUUUCAACGUUUUCUUUUAGUUUGAUGUUUAAAAACAGAAUAUUUAUCAUUUUGAUCGAUAUCUAGAGUCGGAUCACUUUUAGAGCUUUUGUGAAUGAUGUUUUUAUUUUCAUGUCGAAUGUGAAGGGAUUAUCCGUGAGACUUGUAUCUGAUUUCUCUCUGUAAACAUGUUAUUUAUUAUGAAAAAACGCUUCAUAAAAGGUGCUUCAUCCUUCA